AUGAUUCAAGGUAUUCGACACAGCGGAGCUAAGAAGUACGUUUACAAGCACAACGAUGUAAAGGACCUAGAAGAGAAGCUAAAGAUGGCCGACCCGAACGCUCCUAAGCUGAUUUUGUUUGAGAGUGUCAAUUCUAUGGAAGGCACUGUUGCGCCUUUGCACGAGAUAUGUGAUCUUGCGGAUAAAUACGGGGCUAUGACGUUUAAUGACGAGGUGCAUGCCGUGGGGUUGUACGGCAACCGUGGUGCUGGUGUCGCUGAGCGUGAUCACUGCUUGGACCGUAUCACGAUGGUAACGGGAACUUUGGCCAAGGGAUAUGGAAUCAUGGGUGGAUAUGUGGCUGGCAACGCCGCGCUCGUGGAUGCCAUGCGCUCGUGCGCUUCGGGUUUCAUCUUUAGCUCGUCAAUGCCUCCCAUGCUUGCAGCUGGUGCUCGUGCAUCGGUGAACCACUUGAAAGAGAGCCAAGUGGAGCGUGCUACCAUGCACGCGCGCUCUCAGGAGCUCAAGAACAUGCUGGUGGAUGCCGGCUUCCCUCUCCUUCCGAGUGUGAGUCACAUCAUUCCGCUUAUGGUUGGUGAUGCCGUGAAGGUAAAGGAGGCUUCGCGUAUCUUGAUGGAAAAGCACCGCAUCUACGUGCAGCCUAUUAAUUUUCCUACUGUACCGCGUGGCGAGGAGCGUUUGCGUCUCACGCCACUGCCGACCCAUACGGACGAGAUGGUGGAGGACCUGAUGACGGCUUUGGAGGACGUUUGGACUACGCUCGACCUACCGCGUCACUUUGUUCCUAAGGGCGAGUACUUGCCCAAGGUGGAAUGGGCUAAUUCACCACUGGAGAUUGUUUGCGAGUUCAUGGUGGAGUCAGAAGCUGCCUGCGCUGCCUAA